AUGUCCCUGGACCAUCCUAACCUUGAAAAGGCCAUUGAGAAGUGGUGGUCUAUUAAUGUCAAAGGUACCGCGAUGUAUAGAGUGGCGAAAAAAUUAAGGUACGUGAAAGAUAAUAUAAAGAAAUGGAACAAGGAAGUUUUGGGGGAUCUUUUUGCUGCCAAUUCCAAAACCCAGCUUGAGCUUAAGGAAAUACAGGAUAAAAUCCAAACCAGUGGUUAUAAUGAAGUGUCUAUCAAGGAGGAAAAUGAAAAAUACCAUGUUCUUCAUAUGGCUGAUAUGAAACAUAAGGUUGCUAAUAGGAUCUCAAAGUUGAGAAUUGGUGGUAUUGAAACUAGGACGAACGAUGAGAUUGGGAAUGAAGCCAGGAAUUUUUUCAAAUCUCUUCUCUCUGCGGAUUGUGGUUUGGAUGACCAUUCUCAGAGGGCCCUCUUAGAUACCAUUCCUUCCAUCAUUAAUGAUGUUCAAAACAAGGCUUUGGUGGCCAUCCCCUCUGAGGAGGAAGUUAUGAAAUCAAUUUUCUCCUUUGAUGGCAAUAAAGCCCCGGGUCCGAAUGGGUUCCCGCUCUUCUUCUUUCAAGCCUUUUGGAACAUUCUCAAAAGUGAUGUGGUUAAAGGUGUGCAAUAUUUUUUUGGGGCCAAGAUUAUCUUAAAGGAACUCAAUGCUACUUUUCUGGUCCUAAUUCCUAAAUGUCCUGGGGUUGAUUCUAUGGAUAAGUUCCGUUCGAUAAGCUUAUGCAAUUCUUUCUAUAAAAUUAUCUCGAAAGUGGUUACUGGCAGACUGCUUUUGAUUCUCCUGUCUAUAAUAUCACCCCAACAAAGUAGCUUCGUUCUUGGCAGACAAAUCCUUGACUCUAUCAUUACUAUUCAUGAAAACAUUCACUCGUUGGUGGAAUCGAAGAAACAAGGCUUCCUGAUGAAGUUGGACUUGUCUAAAGCCUAUGAUCAUGUGGACUGGAGUUUCUUGGGUAAGGGGCUUCUGUUGGGAAUCUCUCCCUCUUCUAGUUUCAAAGCAUGUUCCCACCAGCAAUUUGUUGAUGAUGCCAUUUUAAUGGGUACCUAUUCAAUCAAAGAAGCUUCCACUAUGAAGAACCUUCUCAAAACUUACAAUUCUGCUUCAGGUCAAACGAUUAACUGGGAGAAAAGCUUUAUUUUCUUCUUCAACACCCCGGAGGACAGACAGAUUAGGAUGGCCCGGAUCCUUGGUUGCCAAAUUGGAAAGCCCCCUUCUAUUUACCUGGGUCUUCCUAUGGGCACAAAACCUAUGGAGUUGUUUUGGAACAGUCUUGUUGAUAGAUUCAGUAGGAAGUUGGCUAGUUGGAAAGGUACCCUUCUUAGUCAAGCUGGUAAAAUCCAGCUUUUAAAAUAUUCUCUCCAGAGUCUUCCAAUUUAUGCUUUAAGCCUUUUCAAAAUUCCUGGAAAAUUUGCAAAUGCUAUUGAGAAAAUUCAGAAAGCUUUCCUCUAG